AUGCACCCCAACAUUAAAGCAAAGCGCCAGGGGACACGCGAUGCACAGAGAAAGAUUUAUGGACAUCCGGACUUUAAGACAUUUCUUUUCCAUCCUAUUCUUGGAACUGCCAUUUCAUCACUGGACCGGAAAAUCCCUGUUACAUUUCCGUUCCACGAUCCCGGAAUUCCAAAUGUAUUGCCUACCAUCAAGAAAUUGAGGAGAGGUUCGUGCUGGGGGGAAAUUCCCGAUGCGCGUGGUUUAUCGAAAGAUGAUGAUAUCGAUACCAGUAUGUUGAGUUUCAAUGUGGACGGUGUGAAUGUUCAGAUUGUAGAGGUGGAGGAGGUGGAAGAAGUGGAAGAGGUGUAG